AUGUCGGACAGCCACGGGACCCAUCCAUCGGCAUCGGCCGGCAACGGCGGUACGGCGCAUAGCCACGAAUCGACCCCGCUUCUCCCAACCACCGCGUUCCGUACCGCUCACGAGACAAUCUCAAGCCGCAUUGCGCAUGAAGGGGAGAGCGGAAGAAGCGGCUUCCAUUUGCGUCACUUUCUGACGGUACUCUGGCGGAGUUCAUCCACAGUGUCUAUGUUAGUCAAUGUGCUUUGGCCUUUGGUUCCCGUAGCAAUCAUUCUGCAAUUCUUCCCUGGGCUACACCUAUGGAAGUUUGCAACCGCCUACGUGGCCGUGGUGCCUUCUGCCAACUUGCUUGGGUUUGCAGGGCAAGAAUUCGCACGGAAAAUGCCAAAGGUAGCUGGCAUUCUAAUUGAGACAACGUUUGGAUCUAUCGUGGAAAUCAUCCUCUUCGUGGUUCUCAUUGCCAAGCACGAUACUUCAGAAGGCAACGGCGAUGAGGGAAACUUGAUACCUAUUAUCCAAGCAGCAAUUCUUGGAAGCAUAUUGACGAAUCUUCUCCUCUGUCUCGGACUCUGCUUCUUUUUUGGUGGAAUACGUCAUGCCAGCCAGAAAUUCCAUGCUAUCGUUUCCGAGGUUGGCACUGGGCUUCUGCUAGUUGCCGCAUUUGGGCUGCUGAUUCCCAGUGCUUUUUAUUCUGCCCUCAAGUCCGAAGCUUUGCCAGACUUUCCACCCUUCCGGACUGUCUUGCACGAAAGAUUCACCGAAAGGCUUUUGCAGGCCGACGUUUUGCGCAUCAGCCAAGCAACCUCGAUCGCUCUAAUUGUGGCCUUCUUCCUCUACAUUUGGUACCAAGCUAGUAGCCAACAUAGCAUCUUUGAUGAGGUCAUUGAGAUGGAUGAGCAUCGUGAUGCUGACCGUGAGGAGGAUAUGGAAAAACCCAAGUUUACUUUAACAGAGACAGCAAUCGCUAUCACGGCCUCACUGGCUAUAGUAACGCUUCUUCUGAUCUUCCUAGUCCAAGAGAUUGAAGAAGUCGUGGAGAGUGGUGUACCCGAUCAAUUCUUGGGCCUUAUAUUGCUUCCAUUGGUUGAAAAGGCUGCCGAACAUCUAACUGCUGUGGAUGAAGCUUGGGACGGCGUCAUCAACGUGGCACUUUAUCACUGUCUCGCUCCUUCCAUCCAAACCGCUUUGUUCAACGGGCCUCUAGUCGUCCUUGUUGGCUGGGCUAUAGGAAAGCCCAUGGACCUGAAUUUCGAGAUCUUCAUGAUUGCUUUACUCGUACUAUCCAUCCUCGUUGUAGGCAACUUCUUAAGGGAUGGAGAAUCCAAUUGGCUUGAGGGAGCGCUGCUUGUCGUUGUAUAUGUAAUUAUCGCUAUUGCGUGCUGGUAUUAUCCUAAUCCCGAUGUAGCAACCUCCAACGGCCUACAAGGAUCGGAAACCAUCAACGUUACCAUGAGCGUAGACACACUUCGGCACAUCCAACAACUUUUGGCGUUGAAUCUCGAAAACUGA